AGAGAAAAUAUUGAAAAUUUGUUUGCAAUAUGGAGCUAUGAUGGAAAAAUGGUGUACAAAAACAUCAUUGAAGCAACAGAAGACUUUAAUGCCAAACAUUACAUCGGUGUGGGAGGAUAUGGCACUGUUUAUAAAGCCAAAUUGCCAAGUGGUCAGGUUGUUGCUGUGAAGAAACUUCACUCUUCACAAGUUGGUGAGUUGGAUAACCUAAGGAGUUUUACAAGUGAGGUUCGUGCAUUGGCAGAGAUACGGCAUCGUAAUAUCAUAAAGCUUUAUGGUUUUUGUUCGCAUCGACGACACUCAUUCCUAGUUUACGAGUUCAUGGAAGGGGGGAGUUUGGGAAAGAUAUUGAGCAAUGAGAAAGAAGCAUUAGAUUUUGAGUGGAGGAAGAGAUUGAAUGUUGUUAAAGGUUUGGCAGAUGCUUUGUCAUACAUGCACCAUGAUUGUUCGUCUCAGAUCAUCCAUCGCGAUAUAUCAACCAAGAAUGUUCUACUAGAUUCGAGAUAUGUGGCUCACAUCUCUGAUUUUGGCACUGCUAGACUUAUAAAGCCUCAAUCAUCUAAUUGGACUUUGUUUGCAGGAACCUUUGGAUACGCAGCUCCAGAACUUGCUUACACAAUGGAAGUGAAUGAGAAGUUGGAUGUUUAUAGCUUUGGAGUUUUAAUCCUAGAAGUUUUAAUAGGGAAGCAUCCAGGCAAUCUCAUCUUGUAUCUUUCCUCAUCACCACCCACUGUCUAUGGUGUAUUGUUGAAAGACAUAUUGGAUACGCGCCUUCCAUCUCUUGGGAAUCAUGUGGAAGAAGAAGUGGUCCUUGUUGUGAAGCUAGUAUUGGCAUGUUUACACACCAGUCCACAGUGCCGACCAACAAUGCAACAAAUUUUUUAUGGCUCUAUCAAAACAGAGACCACCUCUGCAGAAUUCAUUCCACUUGAUUUCAUUAGGACAACUCUUCAAUGUCAAAUGUUCAACCUCCUGAGCAUUCUCCUCUUCCCUUUAUUGUUUUGUGUUUUUGUUUUUCCAUUUUUACUUUGAAAUUUUGAUUUCCGUUCUGUUUGUUAUCUAUUUCUAUGCCAUUUUCUGUGUUCAAAGUUGAAAACACAUUGAAAUACUGUUGGUAAAUAAAAACUCGUUCCAAAGGACAGGUGUGAAUAAGAUGAAGAGAAGGCUACUUGGUUACGUAGC